CAUGGAGUCGAACACUGCGCUCGACCUCACGCAUUUGAACGAGAACGAGCGCGAAGUCAUACUCGCCGUCCUCCGGCGCGACGAAGAAUUCGAAAAAAGAGAGAAAGAGCGUGUCAGGCGUCUGAAGGGCACAGUUGAGAUACAGAGACGAGCCGGGCAUGUCAGUCCGACUACAGAGAGGGGCUUGAUUGCUAAGACGGGGGAGUGGUUUACGAAGAAGUAUAGGAGUGUGAUUGGAGCGACGCCGUUGGUGAAGAUAUCUCUGCAUUCGGCGAAGUUGUCGUCGUCACGUCGUGGUAGUGAGACGAGCGACAACUCUAGCAAACCAGAUAUCAUUCCUCUCAAUGGGCAGGAGGCAGUUAGUGAAGUGGAAAUGGAGAGAGUCCUCGCUCCUGUUCUAGUUCAGUCAUUUCCUAUUCUCAUCAACGAACAACCAACUAAACAAUCUCCACAACCAACUAAACAAUCUCCACAAUCAUCACCAGAAGUCAACCGUCGGCAGAAGUUACGUGAACAGACUAAGUCAAAGAGUCCUCUAGUUAGCAGUGGAAGUGAUUCUGAAGUCUUCAACCCAGGCAGCAUGCCGUCACCCGAGGAUCGAAACCAAGUGACUCGGCAGUCUACGAUUGAUCGAUUAGCGUCUGACAGACGUUACUUGAAGGUGUUGCCAACUGGCUCAUUAGACAGUGCUGUCCCAACUGCUGCUCCAAUGCUUGUGCAUCUUGAGAGAAUUGCUCAGAAAUCUCCGCCGUCAUCGCCUCGCGUUCCUCCACAACGAAACAACACGCCACACAGUCCGUUUGGAUCAAGAGAAGGCACUCCUCAGAGAGUAUCCGCACUGACAUCCUUUGAUAAAGGUUUGUUGACCAUCUUGUAAUGCACGAAAGCAGGAGACUUAAUUGAUGUUGAGCUUUUUAAGUCACGAAACUUGGCGAGUAGCUACUCAAAACCUAUAGAGCUAAACUGAUUUCUGGUCUGUGGGCUAUGUAUGCGGGGGAGUGGCUAUGUCUGUCACACUAAGAAUGUGUCACACGUCCAUGUGAAAUUA